UAGAUCAUUUCUCUCUCUCUCUCUCUCUCUCUCUCUCUCUCUCUCUCUCUCCCACCUCCAUUGAUGCUACCAACUCUCAACUUCGAGCGGACUCGAAUUCAUAUUCAAGGACGAAUCUAAUCUUCGCUAUAGUCGGCAAAGAAGAACCAUGAGUACACAACUAUUGGACAUUCAACCCCGUGAACUAAAGUUCACAUUUGAGUUAAAGAAACAAAGUUCAUGUGCAAUUCAACUUCACAAUAUCUCUGAUCAGUAUGUAGCUUUUAAGGUGAAGACUACAUCUCCAAAGAAAUAUUGUGUGCGACCCAACGUAGGCAUCAUCAAACCGAAGUCAAAAUGUGAUUUCAUGGUCACUAUGCAAGCUCAACCAUCAGCACCAUCUGAUAUGAAGUGCAAGGAUAAAUUUCUAAUUCAAAGCACUGUUGUACCCUUUGGGACAACUGAAGAGGAUAUUACACCUGGCAUGUAUGCGAAAGAUAGUGGCAAACACAUUGAAGAAAGUAAGCUCAAGGUCAUACUGACUAGCCCAUCCCAUUUGCCUGUAUUGCUACUAACUAACGGAGUUAUGAAGCAAGAACCAUCAUAUGGAACUUCAGUACAGAAAGACAAACUGCCGAGCGGAGUUGAGAAUCUUCCUCCUCAUGUGAUAGCUAAGGACGUUGAGGAUGUCAAAAGUGCUCCAGUUAUGGAGUUGUUGAGGCCUUGCAAGGAUGUAGAGUUGAGCCCAUCAAAGGAUGUCGAGCCAAGACUGUUUAUGGAUGUGGAGGAUCCAAAACUGAAGUUGGGUAAAGACAUUGAGCAGCUGAAGUCAAAGCUCAGUGAGGCUGACUUGACCAUUUCGAGGCUAACCGAACAGAGAGCCACAAACAUUCAAGAGAGGGAAACGCUCAAGCAAGAACUGGCAAUGUUGAGGAAGAAUGGCGUAAAGACAGUUCAGGUCGGAUUUCCCUUUCUUUUUGUUUUUAUGGUUGCACUAAUCAGUCUUGCAGUCGGAUACCUUCUGCGCCCUUAGGGAAGAAGAAAUCUUUUGUGUCUACUCAAGUUUUAAAAUUGCUUGAACUCUUUGAAAGGGACUAUAUUUAGAGGUGGGACAUAGGAUUAACUGUUAGCGGUCAUUUAAUCAGUGCAAGCAACUUUGUAGCAGGAUAGUCGUCGAUACACUGGACAUAUUGCAGUCUCUUUGGAAAUGCAUGUAGAAGGUGAAGAAAAAAAAAAAAAAA